AUGGGUCAAUUACUUUCACAACCUUUAAAUGAUAAAUUAAUACAAUAUAAAGAAUAUGAAAAAUUUAGUUAUUGUUUGGGUUCAAUGCAAGGCUAUAGAUUAACUCAAGAAGAUGCUCAUUCAAUAAAUUAUGAAUCAAAUUUACAAUUUCAAAAUUUAAUUAAUGAUUCAAUUGAACCAAUAGAUUUAAAAAUUUAUGGAAUUUAUGAUGGUCAUGGUGGUUCUCAAUCUUCAAAUUAUAUAAGUGAACAUUUACCUCAGGAAAUUAUAAAUCAAUUUAAAUUUCAACCAAUUGAUAUUGAUAAUAAAAAUACAUCAUACAAGACAAUUCAAGGUUUAUUAAUUUCAAAAUUUAAAAAUGCAUUUUUAAAAACUGAUUAUAAUUUAUUUAAAUUUUUCCAACAAGAAAAUAAUAAUAAUAAUAAUAAUUCUUGCUUAAAUUCAGGUUCAACAGCAAUAAUGGGGAUAAUUAUAAAUAAUAAAGAAUUAUAUUGUUUAAAUACUGGAGAUUCAAGAAUUAUUACAUCAAUUAAUGGAAUUGCUAAAAAUUUAUCAUUUGAUCAUAAACCAAAUCAUAUUGGUGAAUUAAUUAGAAUUAAUGAUGCUGGAGGUUCAGUAAGUUUUAAUAGAGUUGGUGGUAUAUUAGCACUUUCAAGAGCAUUUGGAGAUUUUAAUUUUAAAUUAAGAAAAUUUAGAAAUCAAUCAAUUGAUUCAUCAUUUGAAGAUCAAAUUUUAAAUUCUGAAGAAACUCAAGUAACAGUUGAACCUGAAAUUAUUAUUCAUAAAAUUUCACCAAAUGAUGAAUUUAUAAUAUUAGCAUGUGAUGGUAUUUGGGAUUGUUUUAAUAAUCAAGAUUUAAUAAAUUAUAUAAGAAAUCAAUUAGUUAAAGGUUUAAAAUUAAAUGAAAUUACUUCAAUUUUAUUAGAAUAUACUUUAAGUUUAGCAAAUCAAUCAACAGGAAUUGGAUUUGAUAAUAUGAGUUUAAUUAUUAUUGCAUGUCAAUUAGAUAAUGAAUCAAUUGAUCAAUGGUAUGAAAGAUUAAAAUUAAAAAUUGAAAUUGAAAAAGGGAUUGUGUAA